UUUCUCUUCUAUUUAAAACCCUUCCUUUAAAAAACUCAUUUAUCAAGUAUUCUACUAUUUCAUUCAUACCCAACAAGAUUUAGAUCUAGAGAGACCUAGAAAACACAUUAACAAUGGAGAGCAAAGCUUCUAGAAAGGAGGUCGAGGUCGAGGUUGAGGUCGAGGAAAAUAAGAAGCCAUUUCCUAGGGCAAGAACAUUGUCAUCCAAGGAAAAUAUGGAAAAUUUUGAAGUUGGGGAAACUUCUUUUAGGGUAUAUUAUGGAGCAAAUGGUGCAUCAAUACCUUUUAUGUGGGAAUCUCAACCAGGUACACCUAAACACCCUAUUUUUCACAAAAAUGAUACUUCUAUUAUACUUCCUCCCCUUACACCCCCUCCCUCUUACUCUCAGCGAGCGUGUAAAGACAACUUUUUAAAGAAAAAAAGCUCAAAAAAUAUGAUUUUUCGAGCUUUUCUCUCCUCGAUUAUUCGAAGGAGACACUCUCGUUCUCAUGUUAACCCUACAUCAUCUUUAUCAUUUUCUAAUUCUAAUUCUAGCCCGUUAUCAUGGUCUUCCUCAUCGACAAACUCAUCAUUUUCUCUGUCACCACCUCGAAAAAAAUAUAAUAAAUCUCAUAGAAAGAGUUUCUCGUUCUGUUCCCCUAGAGAAAAGAGUCCCCUUUUUUAUAAAGAGGAAGAAGAUCAACAAGAUGUGGGAUAUUAUUAUUCAAAAAUGUGUUUUGGGUUCAAAAAGCAACAAGGAUGUUACUCUAUGCAAGAUAUGAAGGAUGCACUUUUCUCCAUUAAAGGACAUUGAAUAUAUUUUUAAAGUUGAUUAAUAUUAAGGUUUGAAAGGAUUAAAUCAUUGUACAUCAUAUUAUUUUGAGUGCUUUUUAAUUUUUAGCUUUAAUAAUUAGCUUAGCUUGUUUUUUGGCUAAGUUUAGAUUAGGAAAGAGUGAGUUUGGGUAGUUACUUGCUACCAUACAUACCCUCUUUUCUAAAAAUUUAUACGAUGUAUUACUCUUUAUCAAGGAUAUCAAAGCUUAUAAGUAAUGCUCCAAAUGUUAAUGAAUUUUCUCAUAGAUAAUAUCUUUACUAAAUUCACGCACUUAUUUCCUCUUAUUUUAAGGUAUUUUAAUUAA